CCCGAGUUCUCCCGGAGUGGGCCGGAGCGUGGCUGCACCAUGGCGGAGGAGGAGCUCGAGGCGCUGAGGAAGCAGAGGCUGGCCGAGCUGCAGGCGAAGCACGGGGAUCCGGGCGAUGCAGCACAACAGGAAGCAAAGCACAGGGAAGCAGAAAUGAGAAACAGUAUCUUAGCCCAAGUUCUGGAUCAGUCAGCCCGGGCCCGAUUAAGUAACUUAGCACUUGUAAAGCCUGAGAAAACUAAAGCAGUAGAGAAUUACCUUAUACAGAUGGCCCGAUAUGGACAGCUAAGUGGGAAGGUAUCAGAACAAGGUUUAAUAGAAAUCCUUGAAAAAGUAAGCCAACAAACAGAAAAGAAAACAACAGUUAAAUUCAACAGAAGAAAAGUGAUGGACUCUGAUGAAGAUGACGAUUACUGAGUUUAAGAUGUCAGAGGCUGGGCCUUAGUGGAGCAAUUCUAGGACAGAUAGUACUUAGCAGAAGUUAAGAUCUGUUGUAAUGUUUACUUUGUUUAUUGUCUAUAUGCCUUUUAAAAAUAAACUUGUUAUGCAAAAUAAAGCAA